AUGGUUCAAAAAGAGUUGAUUGAAAGUUUGAUAGCUAUUUUUAUGUCGAUUGGGGUUUUUGGAAAUUUAAAUGUUAUAAUUGCGAUUGGACGGAAAAAGAUACUUCGAACAAAAGGAGCAAUGUUUGUUUUAUUUUUGGCGAUUGCACAUUUAUUUUGUAAUAUUAGUGAAUUAAUUGGAUUGGUUUUGCAUUAUCGGUAAGUUUUCAAGAAGGUGUUUUUUUUUUGGAAUUUGAAAAUUAUUCGAAAUAUAGUUUUCAACACAAAAUACAUAUGUACUUGAAGAAUAACAUCUCUGUUCAUAAUUAGACUACAAAAAAUACAUGUUUUAUGAUUUUUGUUUAAAGAAGUUCGAAGUUUUUGAAUCGGUCCAAAAUAUUGCAAGAUUGAAAAUUACAAUCACGACCUCCUAAAAAAGACAAUAAUAAUAAUAAUAAUAAUUUUUUUUCUAGCUUCACUCCAAUGUCACGUCGAAAAUGUUUCCAAUAUAAUAUUCUCUACACAUUUUUUGUUCUAUUUCAAUCUUCGCUUUUUCUUAUGAUGGCUUUCGAUUUAUGUUUCAGUAUUGUUUUGCCACUCAAGUAAGUUCGUGAGAAGAAUAAUUUCAAACACAUCCUAGAUAGAAAAAUAACAAUUUACUGAAAAGCAAAAAGUGCAAUUUUUUUAAUGAUCAAGAUGCAUUUUCUAACAGAAAAAUAGUGCAAAAACUUGCGGGGGAAAAUUGCUGGGAAAAAUGAACAAUCUGUUUUUUUAUUUAGGCACAUGCUUUGGAAAAAAUCGAGAUAUGUUCUGGUGAUGUUGAUAUUUCCAGUGGCAUUUUCAAUUUUUUGUAUUCUAUUGAGUAUGGUCAAUUUAUCCGAUGAAAUUGCGCCAUACUGUAUUUUCAUGUUAGGUUUGUAAUAUAAUUUUGGGUUUGAGAGGUUUUUUAACGAACAAAGAAUUCAAUUCAAUAUUACAUACUUUUUCAGCGCCAGAUCCUUUGGUUUAUCGAAGUAUCUCAAGUUUGAAUGUUUUUUGUAAUGUUUCAACAUUGAUUAUUAUUAUUGGCUCAAUAUUUGUGGCAUUGAAAAAAUGUAUGGUUCAAGCUAGACACAUACAAUUCAAAAUAAAUAUUUUCAGCAAAAAACAUGAGAGGAUCUAGACAUUCAAAUUCCUCAAAAACCGGAAGUUUGAAAGAGGAAAAAAAUAAAGUGUUCCGCUCUACAUUUUUCAUGUGUGUUAUUUAUAUGGGAUCGUGGAUGUUGGCAACUUGUAUGUUUAAAGUUUUGAUUAGUAUUAAAGAUGAACAAGCAGCUGUUGAGUUAUUAUCCUACGUGGUAAGGAUUAAAAAUUAAAACUAUAAACAUGUUAUCAACUAAAAAAUUGCAGGUCGUUGUAGUUCUGCCAAAUUAUUGUCAAACAUAUUUUGUGGCUUAUUUGAGAUCUCCAAGAUUUCGAAAAGCAUUUCAAGAACAAUUAAAUUGGAUGACUUGUGGGAUUAUGUUUUCAAAAGUUUUCGACAAAACAAAAAAUCGCUCCAUUCAAGCUCUGAACAACAAUCAAAAUCAAAAUCAACAUUCAAGAAGUUUGCCAGAACGACAAUCCUCUGUUAAAUUUUCGGAAAACACAAAAAUGCCAAAAUAA